AUGGCCUUGCGCACAUCUGCUACCAACGCAGAGGACGUUGCGGCCGGUUUUAUGCGAUUCCGAGAACCCCUGCCUGAACACGCGACAGAGAUUACUGGGUUGAUCGCAGAUCUCUAUGGAAUCAGCACCUCUCUAAAUGCUCUGGAAGAACUCACCAGGUCUGGUGAUUUCCGCUAUCGCCGCAACGUGCCCCUGGUUCGGCCCGAUCUCGAACUGGUCCGCGCGAGUUUGAAGUAUACCCUGGAAGAUAUUGUGGAUUUCUUCGGGAAUAUCGACCCCAGAAGUCCUGCGACUAGGGAAAUCUACAAACGAACGUGGUUUGAAUUAUCCACAUUCUUUCGUCGCGAGAUCAAUUAUUCGCUGGCGACCCGUCUGCGGAAGUAUAAGCUGUUUCUGAGGGAGUUGGAGGAUUUCACAGCAGAUCACUUUCCCGACAAGGGGUUCAUGUCUGAUCUCCGUGACGGGAUCAAAGCUCUGCUGGAAGUCCAGGACAAUCGAUUGGCUCUGCGAAUUGGCGGGCUAGAGAUAGGAGGCCCAGCAUCCUCCGAUAGUCACAGUACAGGCCCAAGUAGCCCCAUGAGUGAGCGGUUCCCGAGGAUGCGUCGUUCGUACGAGCGCCAUCGUCCACCAACAUUGCCUCCACAGUCCCCUCAACCUCCUUUAUCCCCGUCGACCGUGACCUUCUCGGACAUGCCGCCAUCCCUCUCAGAGGGGUCGACUUCUCCAACAACUAUCUCCACCGCUCCAUCCAUGCUGUCAAACCCCGUUAAUGAACACUGGGCAAAGGGGGUAUUCGCAAGAGAUAUCCCAAGGACCCGUAUCCCGUUUGUAGGCGACAAUUCCGAAUGUGUUGGAGACCCUCAUCCGCGUCUCAGACGCUUUCUGAUCGAGAAUGAAUUUGAGGAACUCUUGCAGCUGCCCUUCAAUGACGGCGCGGGUUUCUGCGUCUACUUCUACGUUCGUCAGGAAGACCGUCGAGCGCGUAUCGUGUGCGAAGUACCUCAUGCGACACGGUCAAACGAGUAUUUCUGCUACCCGCUCAACCUGCUUGAGAUUUGCCGGGAAGGCUCGUGCCUUCAGAUCUGUCGGAGGCGCCGUGCUGGUACAGAACUGCAUCUCUGGGCAAACCUCAAAUUCAACACAAUUGAAAAGAUGGUCCUCUUCUUCUGCACCUUCCUGGCCCUUCGUUCUCAGGAUAUGGGCAAGCCAGUAUCUCAUAUCCUAGAUUGCGAACUAGACGGCGAAGAAGAAAUUUUCGGAGGACAAAUAGUAGAGAAUAAUACGUUGCAUGCACUGCGCAUAUACCAAGACACCACAUCUAAGGCGGUACGGUUGCAAGCGUCCAUCCAUAGGGGCGAGAUGAAACGGGCCCCCCUUUGGACUGCAUUUAUCACGGAUAAUGUCCAGUCGUCCGGAUGGAUACGACGUAUGGACUCUAAAUCAUUAUACCUGCGUCACCUGCGCCGGACGGUCUUCUUCCCUCCCGAGUUUACACUCCCGCAGGGUCGCAAGCCCGAAUACAUUCUGCGUUUCGCAAGCAAAUCUGACACCGACGAUUUCAUCGAGGCUGUCGAGGAGCUCGCAAUUGACGUGUAA